AUGCAGGCGCUCAACAUCACCGCGGAGCGGCUGUCGCGGCUGCUGCGGGAGCACAACCUGACCCGCCAGCAGUUCAUCGCUCGCUACGGGCUGCGGCCGCUGGUGUGGGUGCCCGAGCUGCCGGCGCGCGUGCAGCUGGCCCUGGCGCUGGCCGGCGCGCUGCUGCUGGCGCUGGCGCUGCCCGGCAACGCGCUGGUGCUCUCCGUGGUGGCCCGCCGCAGGGCCAUGCGCACCGUCACCAACAUCUUCAUCUGCUCCCUGGCGCUCAGCGACCUGCUCAUCGCCCUCUUCUGCAUCCCCGUCACCACGCUGCAGAACCUGUCCGACACCUGGCAGGGGGGAGCCUUCGUCUGCAAGAUGGUGCCCUUCGCCCAGUGCACGGCCGUGGUGACCGAGAUCCUCACCCUGACCUGCAUCGCCCUGGAGCGCCACCACGGCCUGGUGCACCCGCUCCGCGUGAGGUGCCGCUACACCCACCGCCGGGCCUUCGCCACGCUGGGUGUGGUCUGGCUGGUGGCGGUCAUCGUCGGCGCCCCCAUGUGGCACGUGCAGCGACUCGAGGUUAAGUACGACUUCCUCUACGAGAAGGAGCACGUCUGCUGCCUGGAGGAGUGGAGCAGCCCGGUGCACCAGCAGGUCUACACCACCCUCAUCCUCGUCAUCCUCUUCCUCCUGCCGCUGCUGCUCAUGCUCAGCCUGUACAGCAAGAUCGGCUACGAGCUCUGGAUCCACAAGAGAGUGGGCGACAGCUCGGUGCUUCGGACCAUCCAUGGAAACGAGAUGUCAAAAAUCACCAGGAAGAAGAAGCGGGCCGUGGCCAUGAUGGCGACCGUGGUGGCCCUCUUCGCCGUGUGCUGGGCUCCUUUCCACGUCGUGCACAUGCUGAUGGAGUACGGCAGCUUUGAAGAGCAGUACGACGAGGUCACCGUCAAGACGGUCCUGGCCGUCGUGCAGAUCCUGGGCUUCUCCAACACCAUCUGCAACCCCAUCGUCUACGCCUUCAUGAACGAGAGCUUCCGGAAGAACUUUCUCUCCGCCGUGUGCUGCUGCGUCCGGAAGGAGGCCCCGUCCCCCGGGCGGCGGCAUGGGCCCUCGGGCACGGCCCUGAGGCAGAGGCGGACCGCGCCUGGCCGCGGGGAGGACGCCGUGGAGGAGACCAAGGGUGAGGCGUUCAGCCACGGCCACAUCGAGGUCAAGCUGUGCGACCUGCCCGAGGAGCCGCCGCAGCCCCGCUGA